CUCUAGUUGCCGCGCUAGCUUUUAGUUCAGAUUCAUACAUAAAGGCGUAAAGCUUCGGCUGUCCUGUUGCUAUCAGUUGGAUACCUCCUUGGCAUGAAAGCGAGAAAUCAACAACUUACAACAAUAGAAAAGAUUGGAACCCUAACCCUAGGCUACUUCUUGUUCUUCAUUUUUUUCAGUAUUGAUGAGUUUUACUGUGAUCUGAAAUUGGAAGGCAAUGGUGGGGGCCGUUCAGCUCGGCGUUUUGGCUGCGUGCAUCGUCCUCUUUGUUCCCAUGGGGAUGGCGGGUUGGCAUCUGAGUCGCAACAAGAUGCUUUUCUUUAGCGGAGCCCUCUUCAUAACCCUUGCAGUAGGUGUUCAUCUCACGCCUUACUUUCCUUCGAUUUCUGAUCUUGUGAAUUCAGUUUCAUCUGUUGUGACUGAGAAUCGUUAUUCUUGUAUCUCGUUUCUACAUGAGAUUGUCUGGGAUGUGACACCAGUUAGGGUUAGUGAAGUUUUGAGGAAUAAUUAUAGUUAUGAAGCCUCAUGGGCUUGGGCAAAAUCUACGCCAGUGGUUGCUUGUGGGUUUCAGAAACUGAGUCGUUCUGAUGCUUCUGAUCUGCUUAAUGGAUCUUGGAUUGUUGUAGCUGGGGAUUCGCAAGCACGUCUGGUUGUUCUGUCGCUGCUGAAUUUGGUUAUGGGUCCCAGGGAGGUGGAAUCGGUGAGGGGAGAUCUUUUUAAGCGCCACAGUGAUUACCGUGCUGUGAUUGAUGAAAUUGGGUUGAAAUUGGAUUUCGUGUGGGCUCCUUAUAAUAGGAACUUGACUAAUCUUUUGAUGGAUUUCAAGGGCAAACAUCAAUAUCCUGAUGUUUUGGUAAUGGGUUCUGGCCUGUGGCAUAUGCUACGCAUCACUGAUGCAUCAGAUUAUGGUGCUUCUCUAGGAUGGGUGAGGAAGUCAGUGGUUUCACUAAUGCCAAUCCCCCGGGAUUAUGAUAACGAUGGGUCGGUCACAGGUUCCAUUUCCAUGAGAUCACCUCACAUGUUUUGGCUUGGCAUGCCAACAUUGGUAAAUUCAAUGUUGAAUACAGAGGAGAAAAGGCUGAAGAUGAAUAGUGCGAUGCAAGAUGCUUAUGAUAGAGAGCUUUAUGAAAGUAAGCUUUUGCGCCAGUCUGGGGGCCCGAUGUUGCUGCUCGAUUUCCAAUCUUUGAGUAGAAAUUGUGGGAUUCAGUGUGCAGUUGAUGGGAUGCAUUAUGAUGAAGCAGUUUAUGAAGCUGCAGUUCACAUCAUACUUAAUGCAUUGCUUAUUGAAUCUCAUCAGCAGCUAUGAAGGGGGUGACUCAUCAGCAGCUUUGGAGGGGGUGACUCUUUGCUUGCUUCCCAUUCUUUGCAUCUUCAUUGACAAUGAAUAAUUCCAUUUGGGGGGGGGGGGCAUCCUCGCAAGAGGUGGGUCUUUUAGUUUUUAUUUCAUCAUCUCUUCCCCAACAGUUAAGGUAGUUUAGCAUUGAUUUUUUCCCCAUUGUUUUUCCUUCUCCUUUAUCUUUGUCUGGAGAAUAGAAGGGAGCAGGGAAAUGAUUUUUUCCCCAUGUAUUAAUAUGUGUUCAUAUUCACCUGUACUUUAUGGUCAGAGGAGGGAUGAGAUAUUUUACACAUUCAAUUUUGAGGUGAACAGUUUGAAUAGUUGCACUUGUAGCAUCAUGUUUCUCAAUUUAAAAGCUGUGGAGAUUUUUUGGUUUUCUCCUGUUUGGAUUUUUUUUAGUUGCAUUUCAAGGUUUGUAGCACUACUUUGAAGCAAAAUUGGUAUCUUCAAGUGUUACUGACUUUUCUUUUAUUUUCCUCAUUAUUUAAAUUAAUGGGAGGGAUUAUGCAUUUCUUUUCCAUAGAAGUUAUUUGUUGUUAAAGGAAAGAAUAGGAAAGCUAUCGUCAUCAUUUUGUAGUUUGAGAAUACCUAUUUACCUCUUUGGCUGAUCAUUUAAGAAUGCUUGCUGGGCUUGGAAGAGUACGCAUCUCAGCUUCAUGUUAUAUUGACAAACUUUCGUCACUAUAUAUGAAUGUUUAGGAUGCAUGCAUUUUACUUCUAUGAUCUAUUUAGUAUUUACCAUGACCAAGUAUGUCUCUAACAUGACUUUCCGAUGCUUCUUGUAAUUGUUUUAGUCAAUGAAAACCUUCAUUUACUGGUAUCCAUUGAUUUCUAUAGGCUUCCCAUGAUUUGACCCUUUUCGGGUUCAACUGUGUAAUGCUUUGUUUCUAUUGCCUGGUAAUAGUUGUUCCAUGUUAAAUUUUCAUCAAGUUAGUAAAUUAGUUUGAUUGUUUUUUCUGUUUCUCAGCCUAAUUGAUUUAUAUUCCACCUAGAUUAUCUCAUGUAUUUACCAUGGUUACCCAUGUUUAUUUGUGGAAGAAAUUAGGAGUAGCUUCACAGUUGAGUGUUAUUUUUCACCCAUAUUUACUAAAGGAAGAAGUGAGGAGCAGCUUCACAGUCUGAAUGUUAUUUGUCAUUUCUCUUUUGGAACUAUGUCAGAAACGAAGGUGCUUUCUCAUCCGCGCUUGUUAGAGGGUCUUAGUGGGUUUAUCCGAGUUUCAAGGAGGUAAUUUUAAAGUGGCCUUAAUAGCAUGGAUAUUUCAUUUGUCUACCCAGGUGGACUGGUCACUUUGACAGAAUAAUUUUCUGUACAAGUUGGGUUUCAAAGAGAUUGGAAGGGGCUGUCAGUUCAAAAUCUCGGUCAAAACCACAAAAUUUCACGAAAUAUUUUGGUUUUUGCGAAGGUUGAAAUGAAACUGGGUGCAACUAAGUGGGAAUACAGGGUUUCGACCUUAAUUUCGGCCGAAUCGUUUUGGUACAAAAAAAUGCAUAUAAAAGCACUGUUUUGAUCGACCCAUUUCGUGAGUUUUGAGUGGUUUUGCCUGUCAGAGGGGGAAAAAGUCCAGAAAACCACAGAUUUGGUCUUUUUGGCCAAAUCCCCUACAUUUCUUGGUGGAACAAAGUGUUGGGGACUACUACAUUGCAUCUUCAACGAUGAUUUUCUGCAUUUGGAACAAGAUUUGUGUAAGAUACAAACUUAGAGGUAUACCUUGAUGCAGUCGUGUUGACGUGGAUGGACUGGCACAUCUCGCUGUGGAAGCCUAAGACAAGACAGAACCGGCCCAACCUGAAUUUUGGGUCUAAGAAGUGCUGGCUGUGGGCCUUCACCUUCAUCCGUUUAUCGAAAUCUCUUUCCCACCCUCAGGUACGUCUGGUUCCUCAUUUCUUAGUCUAUUUUCCUAUCCCAGUUACUGUUACUUAUUUCCCCCUUUUUUCUUUUAAGUUCUCUUUUUCGCUCCCCUGCUAAGCUUACUGUGGCCAUAACUGGUUUCUGUACCAAUAGUUUCCGGACUUGGUUGAGUUUGUCGGAAACUCCAUUAAGACAGCUCAAGAGAACUGAAUUGUCCUUCCUCAUCCCUAACCCGUUCACCUUCAAACUUGAGGCAUGAACUACCUUCCUUGGGCAAUCAGGACCCUAGAAGACCAGACCUGGAAAGUGCCUUUUGUUGGGCAAGCAAAGGUUGAGAUUCAACCUGGUUUUAACCCCUUCUGCCAGAUUUGGUUGCAGGUCAUUUAAUCUUUGUUUUCCUAUCUGCUGGGAUGGUUAUUACUUGCUGUCAACAGGGUUAAUGUUGUGAUUUCCACCUAAAAUUUCAGGUUCAUUGGUGAUCUUGGGAGGGAGUGUUCUCCUCUUCGAAGUCUUGUUGGUUUUUCCGUCCUGGUUCACAGAUGCGAGGUUAUCGUAGGUUAUCUUUAAACCCCUUUUUUGUAUUUUCCAAAAUUGCCCUCGCUUUAUAUCCUUGUUCUCUUUUAUCCUUAUUUUUAUCAUCCCUUCAAGUUUUUCCCUGUUGAAUAAUAAAUUCCUCUUAAAUUCUUUUUUCUUUUAUUCUACUAAAUGGCCCCUUGAAAAUUCUGGUUAAUUACCAGGUUGCCAUUACCUCUUUAUAAUUGGGCUGUAUCUCUUAGGGUGGCCCAUAGCGGUCCCAAACGGGGUUUUCGAACCUGUGAUUGCACCAUUCCUUUUCCCCUGAAGGUUUUGAGCCUUCCCAGCUCUCUAUGGUACUGACAUAGAGUUGGAGGAACGGUUUCGUAGUGGUGUUUUACCCUUGGUCGUACACUUGUACUUGACUACUUGUGACACUUGUACAUUGUGUAAUAUUAAGUGUUUUUUCCCUUCUUUUAUAAAGCUUGUUUUAGUUUUUUCAUUGAAUUUUGUGUGCUCUAAUACUAAAUUGUGUGUUGAAUAGUCUAUAUUUGAGAAAGUAUGCAGCAGGGUCGGGUGUACACUAAAAUCUAGGGUAUGAAACCAAAAUAUUUUUUUAGAUUUUGUUUUUUCAAUGCAAUAGUUUCUAAUCUGUUUAGAAAUGCUUAAUUAGGAUUUCUACAGAAAAGAGUCGACGGUUGAGCUCUCGUUCUCUAUCUGGUCAGGUUAUAGAACUUAUAGGUGCUUUGCUUUCUCUUAUCUUUCUUAUUCUAAAAUAUUUAUCUCUUCUUUUCUCAUUCUUCUUUCUGCUCUUAUUUUCCCUCUUCUUUUAUCGUCGAAUUUUCAUUUUCAUAAAAGAAGAGAAAAAAGGAAUUUUUUUUUCAUCAUGUACAACAAUUUGGCCAAACAAAAUUGCCAGCCAAAACAUGGAGAGUUUUGGUCGAAACCUUAAACAUUUCUGUUUCGAACCCUAGUACCAAGGUCCAAACCGAAAUCUUGAACCGUGCCCUUGGGUUAUGAGUACACUGGUGUUUCUGAGUAGACAUGAUUAAGAAUUUGAUGAAGCUUUUGGUAAUGUCAAUUGUGAGGUGAGUGAUCUGUAGUUUUCCAAUCACAGUUUAUUCACAGAAAAUAUCAGAGUUGACCCAAUAUCUCUUUGCACAAGUAUAGAUGGGUGACUUAAUUUACACACCCUGAAGUCUCUUGGUGUAUGUUGUUUGCUGGUAACACUCUUUUUGUUGAUGAGACCAGAGGACAAACACAUCCGAGGCUAAAUCAGAGAUCCUUUGGUCCUAUUCAGACACAACUCACUAAUUUGUCCUCUUUUGUUGCUAAAUCAAUUCUCAGUUUCUAUUUUGAUUCAUACUUGCUACUCUUUGAUCUAGUUGCUGAUUUUCUGUAGUAACUAAAUCUGAAACUUUGUUUCAGUAGCUUACUAAUUUGGUACUGUUUUGAUUUCUCCAGAUCUGGCCAUUGGAUUAACUCCCAACUUUGGAACCUUAAUUCAUAUUUCCUCUGGGCUAUUCUAUUGAAAUUUGGACCAGAUCAGAGAUCCUUUGGUCUUAUUGCUGGAUUUCUCUCCAGUUUGAUCAUUUUUUGCUCUAAGGUUUUGGGUUCUUUUGGAAUCCUAACCUAAAUCUUUAGGAGGUCUAUAAUCUCAUUAAGUUGACCUCAGUUGAGGCAGGGAGGUGGAAAAGGAUGGAGACUAGGGGUGAGAAGAGAUGAGAAAGUAGAUGCUGUGAUUCUGAGCAGAUUGAAAUGGGGUGGGGAACAGGAUUUCACAAUGUGUGGUCAACCCAAAUUUAUUUUUACAAGAUCUUACUUGCAUUGUGGAUGGAAAUGCAUUUUGGACAUGGGGAACAUCUUAGUCUGCAAACAGUUACUGUGAAGAGGUUUCUUUUGACCUUUUCAAAAUUCAACUUUGUGAUGAUUAUUUGAAUAGGAAUUGGCCAAUAGGGUAAUGCUGGUUAGCUCUUUCAACUGGAAGGAGAAGGGUUUGGGCAAGUAAGUUCCUGAAAAGAAGAGCUCAGUUGGGCUAUCAGACCUGUAUGUAGGCCUGGGCGCAAGAAUUUUGCCACGUGCCAUAUAGGCAGAACUCAGGACCAAUAUAUGAAGGGAUACCACCUGAAAUAUUGUGCGCCCAAAAUAACACUUGAUCAGAUGAUCUUUUCCUCUCCCCACUUGUUUUUUUCAGAGCUUUGUAAUACUGCUUUCUAAACUUUAUUUGGUCCACCAAGCAAAUAGAGAAAAGGUUACAUGGUUAUGAUUGUUUGUUUUAGUUGGAUUUCUUGUCUUGUUAAUCUCUUUAGAUGGGCCUAUCUACUUAAAUUUCAAUUAAAGCAAUGAUGGAUACUAUGUCAUCUUUUUUUUUAAAGGGGUGUGAUGGAGGCGUAUGCCAUUGCAAGUAGUAAUCCAUCCAAAGAGAAGAAAGCUCCUUAAUUUUACCAAUUGUUGGAGAGGAGGAAAAAAGUUGGAAUAGUGAAUAUGCCAAUAACUUCAUAUUCUCCAUUUUUCAAUAGAAUGCACAUCUUGCCAAGCACAGUGCACUGUGUGCCACUUUGGUUACAUGGCCAAUCUGGACUGUUGAUUACAUUUGGAAUGCUGUCAAUUAGCUGUAUGUGAAAUUUAGUGACCACUACUCUAACUCAACCAUAUGUUGUCCGUCUUCAUUUGACCUUUCCCCCUGUACUUUCAACCAUUCAUAUAUUGUGUCCACCUUGACUUCUUAACCACUGUUUUGAGUAUCUUUAGCCAUGUGUAUGAAUUUUAUUAGGCUAAAAUUUGACAGGUGGACAGUGGACUGUAGGGCCCACCUGUGCCCCAAAUUUGAGUAUCAGGUGAGCUGCCAUUUUGGAGUUAUAGGCUGGCCGUUAUGCCUGGCCUGGCACUAUGGAUGUUACAUUACAACUUUCCCUUUUCUUUAUUAGUUUUUGGGUGAAUUUUUUUUCUGCUCCCUUUUAAUAUUUUAUAUUGGUUGAUUGGAAUUAUUUUGUCUCAUAUAAGUAAAUGAACAUUUAUAGAGUUGGCAAUUCUUAUGGAUUUUUUUCAAGGCUUAGUUGUUCCUAGGUAAGGGUUAAUACUUGCACGGUUGCACCUUCCCCUCCUGGUGGGAUGAGAAAAUGUCCGAAGUCUUUUGAGGCUUUACCACUUUCUAUUCCAUGGGAUAAAGUGGGAUGGACCCUUCAGAACACUAACCAUUCAAUCAGUAUUUAUAAUGAUGUAACAUUAUUUAGCUAGUUGAGGGUGUUUUCUUGUACUAGUUCUGGACCACUCUUCUUAUUUUCAAUUAAGUAUUCUUAUCUUGAGGCUCUGUUUCUUUGGAUGUAAAAUGUUCUGAAGUAAAAUGAAUCUGAGAAUUUUUUUACUACCAAGCACUAUUUUGGGGUGACAUGAAAGAAAAGAGAAGGAUCAGUAUCUCAGAUCCGAAGUGCAUAAAUGACUUCAACUCAAAAUUACAGAAAUUCAUUUACACCCUAAAUCAUUUCUUCCUCAAAAUCCUUGAGUUAUAGACUUGAACAUUGGGUGAGAUAAGGAACCUGCAAAGGUCACACACUGGCUGCAAGCAGAGACGACUCAGAGUGGUAAAAUGGUUGAAGCCAGAAAGGUAAAAUGAUGGACAGCCUUGAUGACUUCCCUCCCCCCUUGCUUUAUUUCGGAGAUUAUUGGACCAUGUUUUCUUCCAUGGCAGUUGGAGCCCUCUUGGCAAUAAGAUCCCCUUUCAUUUAUAUCCAUCAAUUUAUUUAUUUAUUUAUUUAUUAUUAUUUUUUAUCCGGAGCAUGCUUCCUUAUGGUGAUUCCAGGCUUCUCUCUCCUUUUUCCUCCCUCUAGCUAAUCUGACCUUAGUUUUGUGGGUUUCAUUUGCAGUUCUUUUUGUGUUGAUUCCUGCUACAGAUUUGUCAAUUUUGCUCAUCCGUUGAGCAGGUAACGUCAAUUUACUAUUAUUGGAUUGCGGAUUUGAUUUUGCUGUCAUUUUUGCACAAACUGAUUUCCAGUUUCAGGUCCUGCGAUUUGUGGAUUUUUGUUUUUGUUUUUAUGAUUUUUUUUAGGAAUUCAGAUUUAAACCUGAAAUUUUCUGAGCCUGUAAGACAUAAUUUUGCCUCUUUGAAUUUGGUUGCUUAGUGCAAUCAAAUUAUGAUUGUUGAGAAGCCCUUUCUUUAAACUCCUCUCAUGUCGAAUACUGUUCUCUCUCUCUCUGUUCUGUUUCUUCAUUGUUAUUUUUUCGAUCUGCUUUAUUCUUUUGUCCUUGCAAACAUUGGUUUCAGAUUACCAUUCUUGGUGAGCAGAUAUUUUUCUUAAAGGAUUCUUCUUCUGCAGCUAUUUUCAUACUUGAACAUACAAAACCCUUCUUCAUGAUGCAUAAUUGUUUUUUUCCUUUCCACAGGUGGAAUAUAUAGCAUGAUUCAUUUAUUCAAGUUGAUAAAUCCGUCAAGCUUCUAAAAUUAAACUCGCCUCACCUCUUUGAGAUCAGAUGCAUGCCUCUGUGGAUGAUAUCUUCCUGAUGUUGUUUCCUUUAAACUUUUUAGAAUUGUUAGCACUUGACACAGUUCCCUCUUAGCUAUUAACUUAAUCAAUGUUGUUUUCUAGAUCUGAAAAAACAGGAAAAAGGGCGUACUCAGUGCACAAGGCUCCCACCACUGCAGGGCCUAGGGAGGGUAAUAAUGUACUCAGCCUUAUCCCCACUUCACGGAUAGGCUGUUUCCUAACUUGAACCCGUGACCAAUUGGCCACAAUGGAGAAACCUUACUGUUGAAUCAAAGUCCAACCUAUAGAUCUAGAUGUUCUCUGACAUUAGCAUUCUCUACACCAAAAAUAGAAGCAUCCUCAAAUUUUUUUCCUGCAUAUUAUUAGGAAGAUGUUAACCACUGUAGUGCUGAUGGUUUUUGGGCAGAAUGUUUUUAACCGUUAAUGAUCCUUAUUGUUUGGCUAUUGAAUCUAGGUACCUUCGCAGGAUUGACAUGAUUUUGUCCUGACAUGUAUUACCUAUGAUUAGUGAAUUGCCUGGUUCUUCUUUUGGAAUUCCUUUAAUGCAAUAAUCUGGUAUUGCAGAUCCAUGAAGAAAAGUCAAGGUCUUCUGUUGACUUGCUCCCCCUCUACUGGCUCAAAGGUGGGAGAUAAAUCAUAUUGAGAAGCUCCUUUUCUCUGGGCAGAUGUUUAUCAGGAUAGUCAAAUUUUGUGGAUGGAUAGACCUCAUGGUCUUCCAUAUGUCAAAAGUUUCGGCCUAACCGGAGUUUGCUUAGUGGCAAAAUAAAGCUAUGGACUACAAAAGGGUGCAUGGAUACAUGGAUGGCUGAAAAUACAAAGAUGAAUUGUUAUACAUGGGAGGAUCUCUAAUUGAAUUUGAAUAUGAAAUUUGACUGGUGGCUAAUUCAAA